GUGAGUCUCCCCUGCUUGGUUGUUGGCAGACGCCUCAAGAGUAUGAACUCAUGGCUAACUCGUAUACUAGACCCCACUGGAGAAUGUGAAGACUCGACUCCAGUCGUGAGUACCUGUUUCUUCCUCUAUAUAAGGUUAUACCAAUGGAUCUAUACUGACGUGGCUGUGCUAGAUACAACUUCAAGGGGACAACUGACUGCCUUCGGUACAUGCUCAAACAUGAAGGACCACGCGGUUUUAUGGCUGGCGCAUUACCACCACUGGCGAGUCUAACCAUAGUCAGAGUCACCAAUUUCACCGUCUACCAGAAGUGCAAGCAUGGCAUCUCCGACUUUGUGGAAAGACAGACGGGAACAUCUCCAUUAGCCGUAUACAACACUCCAGGUUCCCUUCCUACUUUCACCGGUGUCUCCUGUUUCAUGGCCUCUGGGAUGCUGGCCGGUCUCUGUGCUGCGCCUAUCGCAUGUCCCUUCGAACUCGCCAAAAACGUGGUUCAGACAUCUGUUCUCAUGGCAAGCAGCCAGCGUGGACCGACGGGAAAGGGUCUCAAGUAUACCUCUCUUCAAAACGUUCCACGUCUAUCGACUAUCCAGGCCAUCAAACAAAUCAUCUCUCGUCAUGGCUUCAGCGGUCUGUACACUGGAAUGGGUCUCCAUGUGGCACGAGACACAGUUGGCACUGGGCUCUAUUUUGCCGUCUACGAAACAUCAAAGCAGCUGACGUCAAAGUACCUGGGUGACAACCAUUCUCCAUUCGGGCCCCAGUUGGUUGGUGGUGCACUCUGCGGAACCCUCCCAUGGCUAUUUACGUACCCCCUUGAUACCCGCAAAACUCGCCGACAGAGUAUGAUACUUGGUCAAUCCAAAGAAGUGGGAGCCGCCGUGGCCAAGAAUUCCGUCUAUACCGGUCUAUCCGUCAUCAUCCUUCGCACGGCUGUGCAGAACAUGCUCCUUCUGACCAUGUUCGAGUAUUUCAAGAGAGAGAUCGAUAAACUGGAAGUUUGA